AUGCAAACAGAACUUUACCCAUCAGGAUAUACUUUCAAAGAACGUGAACUUAGAGCAUGGAGAGUAAUGCUUAAAGCAGCUGAAAAAAUUAAUAGAAAAGAUAUCCAGAAUGAAUUGAUAACUCAACUUGAAAAAACACAACGUCAUUUGAAUCGAGAAUAUGGAAAUGAAUUGAUUAUAGAUGACCUUGGUAAUGUGCAGCAUGAUAAUUGUAUUGAACAUUGUUUAAACUUUGCAUUUGGUGAUUGCAAUGAACAUCAUCCUAUUAGUUGUGAAAAUUGUAGUCAAAUAGAUCUUAUUUUCCAAAAGAUUCUAAAUUUACUCCGAAUGAAAAAAGCCAAAUAA